AAAACAAGAAGAUGGGAGCAAAGGGUUGGGGGGAGUAUCCUCAAGUUUCUAAUGUUUCAAAGUCUUUACCUUCCACAAUCUCAAGAAGACUUUGAUUUCUUCUACUUUGUUGUUCAGUGGCCAGGAGCCUAUUGUGAUACAAACCGUUCUUGUUGCUAUCCAACAUCCGGCAAACCUGCGGCAGAUUUUGGCAUCCACGGUCUUUGGCCUAAUUAUAACAGUAGUUCAUGGCCAUCAAAUUGCGAUCCCGACAGCAAAUUUGACAGGUCUCAGAUAGAGGAUCUGCUAAGUAGUAUGAAAAAGAAUUGGCCAACACUAUCGUGUCCGAGCAACGAAGGGUUCAAGUUUUGGAAACACGAAUGGGAGAAGCAUGGCACGUGCGCAGAAUCAAUAGAGGAUCUGCUAAGUAGUAUGAAAAAUAAUUGGCCAACACUAUCGUGCCCGAGCAACGAAGGGUUCAAGUUUUGGGAACACGAAUGGGAGAAGCAUGGCACGUGCGCAGAAUCAGAAAUGGACCAACACGAAUACUUUGAGAUUGCUCUUAAACUCAAAGACAAAGCCAAUCUACUCCAAAUCCUCGCUAACUCCGGAAUUAAUCCGGAUGAUGGAUUCUACGAUCUGAAAAAGAUCACCAACGCGAUAAAAGAUGGGAUUGGAUUUGCACCAGGACUCCAAUGCAACAAAGAUCGGAAGCAUAAUGCCCAGCUAUAUCAGAUCUACAUUUGUGUUGAUACAUCAGGAACUGAGUUUAUCGAAUGUCCAGUUUUGCCUAAAGGAAGAUGUCCAUCUAAACUCCAGUUUGCUAAGUUCUAA